AUGCCUCGUUAUUUGGACCGACUCCAGCUGGGCAGGGCCUUGCGGGAUCACGCGAACCCUCUUCUUGAGGCAAUUGCUGCCAAUGACAAUCUGCACGCCCAUUAUCUCAAGCGCUUCGAGAAUGACGAACCUCCGCAGUACAAUUCGGAUACCUCAUCAGAAUACGAUGAAGAUGACGCUCCUGCAGAAGACCCUCAGGAAGUCAUUGAGCGACCGCUCGAUGACGACGACAUCAAGUGGAUUGCAUUUGCAAUGGGGCCUCAGAUAACUCCUGGACAGCUUUAUCGUGCAGAGUCAAAGCGCGAAGAGAAGCGGAUCUGGGACCAAUGUCCCGGUCCAGUCUUUUACAAGCCCAAAGGCAUCCGCCGACAAGCCAUCGUCGUUCGCCACAAUAUGAAGAAGCGUUGGGAGAAACUCGGCAUCUGGAAUCCCGCAUGGGGAUUUGCUGGACGCAACGUACAGUCCAACGAUGACCCUUCCAAAUGGAGAUGGAGAUGGGAACAGGAAAAUGGCGAAGAGACCGAUGGCCAGAGAGGAGAAGAGGACCUCAUCACACGUACGCUCCUUCCUCGAAAGAACUUGCGACGUGGCGAGCACGUACCUGUCGAGCCGCAGCCCUCGCUCGUAGAAGGUGCCACUGCCCCUGAGGCUGAGACAUUUCUCACAUCCAGGCCUUGGUUUAUGUAUAAGCUUGAAGUCACCGAAGAGAAACAGCGAGCUGAUCGCGUGUCCUUCAAGGAUCAGCAGAGACUGCCUCAGAGUUCAUGCGUGGAGCAGGUCAUUGAGCGAUGGAAAGCGCGUGGGGAUUGGAAGGAUGAGUACGAUGAAGACGGCGUUACGUCUUGGAGGUGGGGGCACGAGUCUCCUUCUCCAGAGCCCGAAGACCUUACGCCCAUACAAAACAUGGCAGAAUCUGAUUCGCUGGACGCUCUGGUCAUGGAUUUUACACCGUCUGAGCUCGAUGAGCUGGAGGCCAACGAACUCCCUUGGGACGAACAGCCGGAAACCUAUUGGGUUACUCCGAAAGGCAUGGAAAGAAUGCCUGGGUUUCCCGGUGAGAUGCCGAAGAGUCACAGUGCCGAUUACCACUCGCCCCAGAUGCAUAUCUCGCGGUCGGCUCCUGCUGAAGCUCUUGGCUCGAGAAAGGAAGCACUGGAAAAGAGAGGCGCUAGGAGCCGGCUCUCCGUAGAUGCAUCAGCAAAGAAGCCUCCAAAACCGCGAGAACCCGCUUUGAACCACCCACCACAGAAGAUACAACGUGGUCGUCCUCGCGAACCACAGAACGAGACGGCCAUCACCCAGGAUCUCGAUCAGUCCUCCCAUGUACCUCGGCGUAGUGCCAGGAUAGCCGGAAAGAAACGCUCAGCCGAAUCGAUUCCCGCAGAAGCGCCACCUACCAAGAGAGCCAGAGGCCGGACUGCCUCGCGUGUUGGUCAGCUCACUGUGUCGGAGUCUGGGCCGACGAAGAAGGGCUCUGCGCAGGCACGACCGCCGCCUCAGAAAGAGACGAAGCCUGUGCCCAAGCGAGAAAGGGCUCGCCCGAAAAAGGGGACACCGAAACCUGCCCCUGUGAAGACAAUCAUCAAAGGCCAACCUGGACAGGCACGAGGUCGAGGACGAUCUAGCAAGAAAGGCUCGGAGCCUGAACCAUUGCAAGAGAGCCCACCUAAGAGAGGACGAGGACGACCGCGAAAGGAGAAGGCUGCUACCGCACAUUCUUCUAGUUCUAAGAAGAAGUGA